CUUCGGGCAAUCCGCCUUUCCAUAUGUAUACAGUCGCAACAUAUUUCACUUCUUAUCCAUACCAACCUUCAACGGGCCACCUCACUGUACCGGUCAUCACCUCCACUCCGUUUAACACACUUUCACCUCCACUGUGUGUGCUCCGAAUGUAAAUGGCGAGCGUCGUUCCUCCGCCGCCUCUUUCCUCCCAUGCCCCCGCCGGAAUCAACGCGGAAGACUUGACUCGUAUCGACAUCAACCACCUGUCGCAAUCGGAAUUGCAAGCCCUUUCUCUCUGCUCCAUCUCCGCAUGCCUCAGCGACGACGUCGUUUCACCGCAGCUCGACCGAUCGGUGUUCAACGAGUCCGCCGGCAACCGCCGCCAGACCUACUCCCGCCUCCACCACCGCUCCCAUUCGCGGCUCCCUCGCCUCCACCCCUCCCCUCAGCCCCACAGCUUUCCCCUGCCUUCCUCCGAUCCCGUCAGUAACUCAAUUGUCCACUUUCUCAAACACUUUCUCAAGGGCGACCACAAUCCCCCGCCCCCGCCGCAGGAUUCGCCCAAAGCCGCGGCGGCAGAGCUAGGGUUUCUAGGGUUACAGGAGAAUGUGAAAUUUAAGCGAAAAAGGGCGAGGAGAGGGAGGAAUUUGAGUAAGCCGAUGGUUUUGGGGAAUGGGGUUGGGAUGGAGCUGCAGCGAGUGAAUGGGAAAGGUGAGAUGGUGGAUUUUGCCGAAUUGGAGAAGAAGGGGGAUGAGUUGUACGGCGAUGAGCUGAAGCGGAGGACGGCGGGGUUGGAGACUGAGGAGGCUAUUUUGGGGGUUUUGAGGGAUUUGGAGGGAGAGUGGUGUAGCAGGAGGAAGAAGAGGAAGUAUGUCGACGCCAGCGCCUUCGGAGAUGCACUUCCGGUUGGUUGGAAGCUCUUGCUUGGCCUCAGAAGGCGCGGUUACCGGGUUUCUGUGUAUUGCCGGAGAUACAUAAGCCCCACUGGACAACAAUUUCUGUCAUGCAUAGAGGCUGCAUCCUUUUUGAGAUCCUAUUUCAGCAGUAAAGAUGCCGAUCAGCAAAGGGAUCAAAAGACUUCUAGUCUCCAGCAAGCUUAUGCCUUGUCUUCUGAAAUGAGUGCGUGUAUAGCUGGCAAGACGGAUGAUAUGCCGCAUGCCAUUGUAGCCCAUUCAGCACCGGCUAUAAACUCAUCCAGUGCACAUGAGAAUGAGGAUUCUAUGAUGGGAAUAGAGAAUCUCCCAGAAGUUCAAGUUAGGGACAUCUUUGAAUGUUUCAAAUGUAAACUGACGUUUGACGAGAAGAAUGUUUAUUUGCAGCAUCUGUUUUCGUUCCACCAGAAGACCACUAAAAGAUACAAACUUGGGACACCUGUUGGAGAGGGUGUGAUAAUCAAAGAUGGAAAAUAUGAAUGCCAGUUCUGCCACAAGGUUUUUCAGGAAAGGCGUAGCUAUAAUGGUCAUGUAGGUAGUCAUGUCAGGAACACUGGAAAAAGCUCUGGUAAACUAGGUGCUCCAGUUGAUGCCCCCAUAAAUGCUGAAUCUGCAUCGCUGGAUGGAGAAAGGUCAUCGAAGAUGGAUGCUUUGGUUGAAAUUGCUCAUAGUUCUAUUUUUGAAACUUCAACUAAUGUAAAUGUUGAAGAAACCACAGCAAAUCAGUCUGCUGUAGUUUUGAGAGUAGAAGAAGCUCAGGCAGCCUCCAGUUAUCCUGAAGGAAAAUUAACUUCCGAUCAUGUUAAAAUUCACGCAGAGGAUUGCAGUGCUGACAAAACUCUUCUUGAAGACUUGGAUCAUGGUAGCCAAUCCUUGAUAAAAGACAAUUGCAUCCCGAAUGAUGGCAAAUCUAAUAAUGUGACCAUAAAGACGGAUACCACUUGCAUAAGUGACUCUGGGGCUGCUAGGUCAUGUGAGAUUCAGAAGUGUGAAAACAGUAGCUUGGAAGUGAAUCAUGAAAAUAGAUCCUUGCAGCCUAGUGAAGAUCAUCUACAAGAUGCACCUGAGCUUACUGUUGAAGAGAUUAUGUUUGAAGGUGGAGUUUCUUCGGGUCCCUUGGGUCAGUCAUUUCAGUUCUUCCCACCCUUUGAUUCCAUGUCAAAUAAGGGUGAACACGAAUUUUCUGUGGUUGAUCAAAAGCUUGAGAAUGUUACUGGGUUUGAAGAGCUCGGGUUUGAUGAUAUGGAGCCAUUCAAGUAUGGUUUUGAGAAUGAGCAAGAGUUGUCCCUUUUGCCAGGGGGCUCCAUCAAUCUGGAUAGUAACAACGGGAUGGAAGAUGAAUUUAAUACUUCAGUUGGAUUUGGUCAAGAGGAAAUUAUGCUGAAUACUCUGCACACAAACCAGCUAACUGUGUGUGUUUGGUGCAGAGCAGAGUUCAAACUUGAGGGUUUUGAAUCAGAAACUCUAUCAGAUUCUAUAGGUUAUAUGUGUCCAACGUGCAAGGCCAAAAUAUCUGGACACUUUGAUGGCGGUCUCUCAAUGGAUUCUCAUAAUUUCUGACUUUUGGGCAACAUCACAGCUGCUAUUGUGGUCACAGUCCUAUUGAGGAGAGAAGUUCCAAAUGGUAUUGUUGAGGAGCUGAUCUUAUUCCGUUGUUGCAGUAUAUAUGAGACUAACUCGACCAUGCCACCGGAGGUAAAUUCUCAUUGCUAACUCUUAACUACUUUUGCUCCUACUACCCAUGGAUGCUUAAGUUGUUUAAACAUGAAGCUGAAACCCUAUCAUAGCUAGUAUUAUGUCUAUCGAUCUCUCUCCACCGUACAUCUAUAUGGUAGCCCGAGUUCCUUUAAGAUAUUAGGGGAUACCAUGCUAGUACUUGUAUGUGUCUCCCAUUGUAAUAAACUAUAAAUGUGUGUGUAUAUGUAUGUCAAUAAGAAGCGGGCUAUAUCGUUUCUGGCCCCACCAGUUUUAUUA